AAGAGAGACCGUCCCCGCCCCCGCCCCCGCCCCCGCCGGGCUCACGGUCUCGAGAGGAGGGAGGACGGACGGCGCAACCAACGGGGGGUCGCCCCGGCCGGGCCGGAGAGGAGAAGACGCCACGUGGCUUAGCGGAAAAUGUCGGAUGAGUUUUCGCUGGCGGACACGCUCCCCGACCGGUCUCCGGCCAAAACCCCCAACGUGAGCGACAGCAAGCCCGGCCAGCCGCCGCCUCAGCCUCAGCCUCCGCCCCCGCCCCCGGGCUGGCCCGCCUCCGGGCCCUGGACCGCCCCGCCCGCCGCCCCCAACGCCAACGUGCCUUUUGGACCCACCCCCACGGGCAUCUACCCCUCGGUGCCUCCCGGCCACCCGACGCCCUUCCCCCCGGCCUCCGGACCCUCCUGCCCCCCGCCGCCGGGCGGCCCGUACCCGAGCCCCGCGGGGCCGUACCCCGCCCCCAACGUGCCCUACCCCGACGUCCCGCGGCCCUACGGGGACCCGGCCGGCCCCGGCCCGCUGGGCCCCUGGGGGUCCGGGCCCUCGGGGGCCUGGGGGCCGGGCAUGGGCGGCCAGUAUCCCGCGCCCGCCGUGCCCUACCCCUCCGCGGGCCCGUACCCCGCGCCGCCCCCGGCCCCCGGGGCCGCCCCCGGCGUGCCCUGGGGCGCCGUGCCCCCCGGGGCCUGGGGGCCCCCCGCCCCGUUCCCCGGGCCCCCCGGCCCCUUCCCCGCGCCCGCCAUGUACCCCGGCGCCGGCGGGCCCUUCCAAGUGCCUCCCAGACCCGCCGGCGCUCCCUCCGUGCCCGGGGGGCCACAGCCCUACCAUUGAGUUCACGGUGGACUCUGAGACGUGCCUCUUCGCUUCGAGAGUUGUUUUUUAUAUAUAUGUAUGUACAUAUAUAUAUAUAUCUAUCUAUCCGUCCUCCUCCCUCUGAUACUGUCCCGGCACCCCCGGGGGAAUCGCCCGAGAGAGCCCUCCCCUCGCCGAGAAGACCCUCGCCUCCGCUACCCGGACGUCCGGUCGCGGUCGCCAAGGAGCCGUAGAUUUAAGCAUAAACUUGAGUUUGUACAACCGGA